UGGUUGUGCUACAGGUAAACCUCAUCAUUAUCCUUAAGCCUAGUCUGAUAAUGACUUGACGUUAUUUAUGCUUUACCUUUUAUUUGAUUUUUAAAACAGCUAUGGGCUUGGGAGCACAUCCAUGUAGGGAGACCAGGUAGGCCUGUUGUACACCGUCCAGGGCAGCUGGACCAGGACGAUCAGUACGCAGCAUACGAUGCUCCCCCGCUCCCUGAACCCGAUCAGGCAUACGGUUGUAGGUUCGUAACAUUAUACUUGUGUACUCAAAUUUUGUUAUAAUUAGCUAGUACAACUUCUUAAAUAAUUUGUUGCCACAGGUGGGUGGUUCCCAGACUAACACAUGCGCAUACAGCGAGAGGUCUUCUCUACUACCGUGACGCCCUCGAUCGACUCUCGGAUGAACAGAUGACAUGGGAUCCCUAUUCUGCUGUGUUGGUAGAGGCCAUGCCGGAACACUUGCUCGAGCAUCGUGCUGAGUGGCUUGCCAGGACCCCCAUGAUCUGUUUUGAGGUCGUGGAGAGCCACCUACCGGACCGAGUGUUGCGACAGUUCGGACUUCAGCAGCCUAUCCCCAUGCCCUGUGACACUAGUAUUCGCCUCCACGGCAUUGACCGUCGUGGAAAGUUGGAGACAAACUGGGCACUGGAGCAUCAUCAAUUCAUUGAGCUUUGGGACCAGCGGUUGGAGUCCAUCGUUGACGGUCACCUGUUUCAGGGUGUUAUGGAUCCGCGUGAUCCUUACAUGGUAUGGUACAGGCAGAUUACACGCCUUUUCAUCAACCCUACCUACACCCCACCGUCCACGCACUACCAUCCAGCUUAUGAUGUUAUCAGCGGACUUGCGGGGGAUAUGGGUGCGAUGGUUGAUGCACUUUCAGAUGCCUUAGCAGCCGUACCCACCAGAGCCCAGGUUGAGCGGGUGCGAGAUAUGGGCAUACAUAGCUUGCAGAGAUAUGGCCAUGGCCAUCUCGUCCACCCCAGGGACGAUCAUGACUCCAACUCCUUCCAUUCACAGUUCGACUUCGGACAGAGUAGUGGUGGAGGUCAUACUUCGGGCUCUACACAGGCAGAGGAUUACUUCAUCCAUAACACCGCUCCCGGCCACAGCUAGGGUGACUCAUCGUCUCGCCAGCUGACUCCUCCAUCGUCCCGAGACCCAUUCACCACCAUUCAGCAUUACACGAGGCGUCCGAGGUGUGUUCGUAGACGGACGGAGGACACACGGG